CUAUUCCUGGUGUGAGUGUGAAGUCGUGUGCUGGAGAAGUUUUCACUGCGUGCCUCAGAAGUGCGUAAGGAUUGUGGCGCAUUGGACGGCAGCGCAUGGUGUUGGAUGAGCAGGAAGGAGGAGGGAGAUCAUGCAUUAACUCCUCUGCUGGCUGCAGGGGGACUCUCCAGUUGAUAGAAGAAGACAAGACAAGAGGAGGAUGCACUCAGAGAAAACACUGACAAGCUGCGACCAAUGAAACCCAAACGAAAAGCCACUUGAUUUUUGGUGUUUUUGUGUUUUCCAGGGGAUUUUACGCACCACUAUAAAGAGUGCAGAAAACGCUGCAGAGAUGAGUGUUGCGUGGUUUUCCAUGCUUCUCCUGAAGGAUCCACUCUCCUGAUAAAGGGACCAAAAGAGGACAAACCAAAAGGCUGUCCAUGGUAUUUUCCCCAAAGAAGAUUGCAAAGGUGGAGCGCUUAGAGAAGGGCUGAUGACGGGACUAUUAAUCCUUUCAGUGCAUCAAAAGCACCAAAGGGUUUUGGAAGAAACGCUUGGAUGGAAAUCGGGCGAGUGUUUAGAACUGUUUUUGGUUUUAUAUGAAACUGGUGAUUAGUUCAUCUGGAAGGAUUUUUGUUUUUUUUCCCACUGAAGAUUUUUAUUGAGGAGUAAAUUUGCUUUUCUGUUGUUGGAAAGGUUGUAGUCUAAAUGGUGUGAGAGGUUUCCCGGAGUAAAAUUUUCAGAAACUCUCAUCUCAAUCUUUUUUUUCUCUUCAAGUAUUCCUAAAUCUAAAUGGAAUUAGUUGAGUCUGAAGACGUUUGUGAAAGGAACAGACAUGGUACAUGGGCACAGCUUCCAUCACGUUGUUGCAAGUCUUCUCAUACUUGGGUUGUCUGGGGCAACGAGGAAGGAUACAGCAGCGAAGAACAACUCAGGAGUGAAGCCUGCAGGUCAAUGUGGAACGUGGGUGAAAGAACCAGAAGGAGGGCUGUUCACUUCUCCCAAUUACCCAAACAAAUACCCCCCAGACACAGAGUGUGUUUACAUCCUUGAAGCACCCCCGAGGCAGUGUAUUGAUCUGCACUUCGAGGAGAAUUAUUCAAUCGAGUCCUCUUGGGAAUGUAAAUUUGACAACAUCGAGGUUCGGGAUGGACCGUUUGGCUUCUCCCCGAUUCUCGGGCGCUACUGUGGUCAGCACAGCCCGCCCGAUAUCAGGAGUAGCGGCCGAUAUCUGUGGAUAAAAUUUGUUACGGAUGGUGAACUGGAAGCGGUGGGAUUUUCAGCAAGUUACAACUUCACUGCAGAUCCGGACUUUGCAGACAUGGGAGUCCCCCCACCUCUGCCCUCCUGUCAGUAUGACAUGGUUGGCCCAGAAGGUAUCGUUGAGUCCCAUCAGAUCACCAGAGACGGGAAGGCUGGCGCCGCCGAGGCCGUCGACUGUAAAUGGUACAUCCGUGCUCCGCCGCGCUCCAAGAUCUACCUGCGUUUUCUUGACUACGAGAUGGCCAAUUCCAACGAAUGCAAGCGCAACUUCGUAGCGGUGUACGACGGUGGCAGUUCGGUGGAAGACCUGAAGAGCAAGUUCUGCUCCACGGUGGCCAACGACAUCAUGCUCGUUUCCACGCUGGGCGUCAUCCGUAUGUGGGCGGACGAGGCCAGCCGCAAAAGCCGCUUCCGCAUCCUUUUCACCACCUACCAAGAGCCUCCAUGUGAAGCAGAUGCCUUCUUCUGCCACAGCAACAUGUGCAUAAACAACACACUGGUGUGCAAUGGCAUGCAGAACUGUGUCUACCCCUGGGAUGAGAACCAAUGCAAAGAGAAGAGGAAAGCCAACAUCUUGGACAACCUGAACAACACAAACGGGACCAUAAUCGGUGUCACCUGUUGCAUCGUCCUCAUCCUCCUCAUCGUCUCCGUCAUCGUCCAGAUCAAGCAGCCGCGCAAGAAGUACAUCCUGCGGCGCGAGGACUUUGACCCCACCAUGUUCCAAGAGGUCUUUGAGCCGCCUCACUACGAGCUGUGUACUUUACGGAGCGCCACCACAGCCGCCGGGGCCUCGGCCGACUUGGUCGACCUGGCGGAAGAUUUCGAGAACUACCACGCCCUUCGCCGUGCCUCCUCGCGCUGCAUCCACGACCACCACUGUGGCUCCUCCUCCAACCCCGGCUCCGCCCACAUAUCCCAGCUGUCGCUCAGUGGACGAGGGAGUCGCGGGAACUUGAGCGCCGCCAGGGAUGCGGCGGCCGCCACGCUGCUCACAGACCUCCCGCAGCCGCCAAUGGCAGUGCGGCCGUUGCUGCCGUCCACCGGAAACCGCAGGAGCAUCUUGGUCAUGAAGCACAGCUACUCGCAAGAGGCGGCGGACAAUGGGUGCGACCUGGACGACGACCUGGAAGAAGUUCCCACCACCAGCCACCGGCUUUCACGCCACGAAAAGGCAGUACAGCGGUUCUGCCUCAUUGGCUCUUUGAGCAAACAUGAAUCAGAGUACAACACAACUAGGGUCUAAGAGACAAUCUCAAGACUUCUUGAGAAUAGUGCAAUCCUGGAUCAGUACGAACGGGCGUCACUGACAUAUGAAAAAGCGGAGCGGAGAUUUACACCAGCAUGAUGCUGAUGAUGAUGAUGAUGAUGAUGAAGGGACACUUUGACGAAAGGAUACAGAAUAUGUAUUAAGAGAUGAACACAAUCCAGAUUUUUUUUUGUCUCACUGGAAAGAAAUGGACCUUUAGAAUGAUCAUGAUUAUUCAUUAUUAAACAUUCAAUUUGGGAUGUUAGUCAGAAACAUAUCUGUCAUUGUCAUAGACUCCUCACUGAUAACUAAAUUAAUGUGAUCAAACAUCUUCAAGUUAAUUUUUAAGCAUGCAUUUUUAAAAUGAGUAGCAUACACAUUAUGAUUUUAUAGCAAAUAAUAGAUGCUUGCUGUUUGUCAAAUCUAGGAAGAUUUAUUUCAUUAGAAAAUUGGAAUUAAUUACUAACCUAAUUAAAUUUAAAGCUGUUGGAAUAACCAGAAGCCGUUUAAUUUGGAUAACAGUUUGAGACCGAGUUGUGUGGUUUGUGCAUGCUUCUUUUAUAUCCAUCCAAACAUUAACAUACUAACAUUAAAAUAUGAAAAGCCCCAAUCUACUAAUACAUAAGUCAUAGGACAUAAAGAGUAGUGAAAUAGAAGCAUCUUCAAAAUGAAUUAAUUGCAUUGCAUGUUGUUGCAAAUCAUUAGGUAAAAGAGAAUUAAGCAAAUGAAUUUCACCAUUUUCAUUUUAACACUUUAAAACUCCCUUUUAAAUAUAACUUUUGGACAGGCAUUUUUAUUUGGACAAAGAAUACUUGUUUUGUUAUUUUGGCAAAUACUUCAAGUCUGUUUGUCUUCUAACUCUCUUCUACUGUAGGAGCUUAAUAUAUUUGUAUUGAAACAGACUUUUAUACUGUAGGGCAAACUGAAAGGAUGACAGUUUUUACAGUUACUCAGAUUAUCUUUCAGGGCUGAUUUUACUGAUGCUUUGUAAAAUAAAUAACAAUAAAGCUUCACCUUUU